GUAUGCAGCUCCCCAGCUAAAGUUAACUUUGUUUUCAAACUUUUUGUUUCCACCAUGGGAGACAUGGACACUACUGGGGCUUUUGUUCGCAAGAAAAGGGCUACUUUCGCGGCGGGGCGAGGCGGAGCGAGUCUGCAGCCGAUGAACGGGAAGAACACGGCGGCGUUUUACAGCUCGGUGGCCGCUGCUGACAGUAAGGCAGGCGGUGAGCGGCGGGAAGCCGAUCCCUUGUUGGAAGCGGCCCGCGCCAAAACAAAGAGUGACAAAAAGAAACGCAGCAACGACAUAAAUGACAGAUUUAGCUGUCAUAAGCCUCAGGAGUCUCUGCUGAGUUCAUCCAGUGGUUUCAGUAACUACAGGGGGAUUCUCAACUGGUGUGUAGUGAUGUUGGUACUUAGUAAUGCCCGCCUUUUCCUCGAAAACCUUUUAAGGUACGGGGUCCUGGUGGACCCGAUUCAAGUGGUUUCCUUAUUUCUGAAAGACCCCUACAGCUGGCCAGCGGUGUGCCUUGUAAUUGUGUCCAAUGUGUUUAUUGUGGUUGCUCUUUAUACGGAGAGGCAGUUGUCCAAGGGUUCUUUCAGCGAGCGCGUGGGCUUACUUGUUCACUUUGUUAAUAUGACGGUCAUGCUAACAUUCCCCGCUGCAGUGGUCCUCGCCGUGCCCUCCAUGACCCCAGUUGGUGGUGCCUUCGUAUUGGGUACUUACACCAUUCUCUUCCUAAAGCUGUACUCCUAUAAAGACGUCAACCUGUGGUGUAGGGAGCUGAGCCGUAUGAAGGCGAAGAAACUGGCGAGAUCACUGUCUUGUCCAUCAACACAGUACUCCACUGGAGAUGACUGUAAGGUGUGUUACCCUGGCAACCUCACCAUCAAAGACUUGUACUACUUUACCUUUGCUCCGACGCUGUGCUACGAGCUCAACUUUCCUCGCUCUCCCAAGAUUCGCAUGAGUUUCCUCCUGAGGAGACUUUUUGAAAUGCUGUUCCUCAUCCAGAUGUUAGUUGGUCUUACUCAACAGUGGAUGAUUCCAAUCAUUCAAAGCUCCAUGAAGCCACUCGAGGACAUGGAUCUAUCUCGCAUGAUUGAGAGACUUUUGAGAUUGGCUGUUCCCAACCACUUGCUUUGGUUGAUGUUUUUUUACUGGUUCUUCCACUCAUCUUUGAACUUCACAGCUGAGCUUUUGCGCUUCGGAGACCGACAGUUCUACAAAGACUGGUGGAACUCCGAGUCGGUGACAUUUUUCUGGCAGAACUGGAACAUCCCCGUUCACAAGUGGUGUCUCCGGCACUUUUACAAGCCGUUACUGAGGAGAGGUUUUAGUAAGAUAGUCAGCCAAUCAGCAGUCUUCUUCUUGUCCGCUUUCUUCCAUGAGUAUCUGGUGAGUGUCCCUCUGAGGAUGUUCCGACUGUGGGCCUUCAUGGGCAUGAUGGCUCAGCUUCCAUUAGCCUGGCUUGUUGGUCACUAUCUGCGUGGCAACUAUGGCAAUGCUGCAGUGUGGAUAUCGCUCAUAAUUGGUCAACCAUUUGCUGUCCUCAUGUACGUCCAUGACUACUACGUCCUUCACCACAGGCAAGAAGCUGACUGAUUCUUUCCCUCUUUGUAGACAGUUUUAGGUAUUUUUUGCAAUUACAUCUCGACAGCUUCUCAUUUGGGUCAUCCAUUCGAGAAUUAUUUUUUUUACAUCCAUCCAUCCAUUUUCUACCGCUUGUCCCUUUCAUUAUGAAGUAUUUAAAAAUGUUAAGAAUGACACAUCCUUUCCCAUAUCUGAUCAUGUACAUCAGGGGUGUCAAAAUCAAGGCCCGCAGGCCAGAUCUGGAAUUAUCUAUGGCCCCCGGGAUGAUAUUUGAUUAGUAUUAGAACACCUGCUGCUGUUUUGCACGCACCAAUACUCCAUCAGUGUUGGCGCUAGGAAUUUUCAAAAUGGGGUCCCAGUAGCCCCAUCAAGUCAUAAAAAUUGGGUCCCACAGUAAAUAUUUGGGUUCCCACUUUUUUUUAAGCGUUUUGAAAACAAUUGAUAAAUGUAUGCAUUAUCCUAUUAUAUCUCACAUUCUAUAUUGUGUUUUGGAAAAAGGUUGUCAUACACGUUACUUAAUUCAUUUAAAAAAAUUAUACAAAAGAAAACAUUUUUAUGCAUAUGUAAAUGUAUUCAGUUAUAAACAUUCAUUCACUUUCUUCUUUCCUUCAUGGACCUAAACUUUACUGCUUCCGGUAUGUUUUUCUAUAUUUUUAUUGUAAUAUUUUCAGAAUGUGUUUGUUCUAUUUUUGGCCAAAGUAAAACAAAGAAAACAAUCUGAAGUUGUCUAUAUUUUUUAGUUUUAGUGCCAUGAUUUUAAUAGCGUGCACAGAUUUCCCUCCAUGCAGCCCCCGAGCUAAAAUGAGUUUGACACCCCUGCUGUACAUGAACAUUGCUGUCCUCAUGUGUGCACUGUGCAAGGGUGGAACAUUUCUUCAACAAAAAGUAAUGUCUAACUUACCCUACGGUAGAGGCUUUUAUUGUACAUGCAUGCAAGCAGCAACUUUUCAUCAGUGUCUUUCUGCAGUUUGGUUUCGAAACAAUUUAGUAAGACAACAUAGAAAGAGAAACAACACACCUAAAACAAUGGCCAUUAUGCUGCUGUGAAAACAUGUUCUUUUUCCAUAAUAAUACCUUAAAUUGUGUUGCUCUAUUUUUCUGGUACAAGUUAAACAAUUCUUAUGAGGACAUGUUUUUAGGCUUUUUUGUUGGGGUACUAAGGGGAAUGAUGUUUGGGUUUUUUUUAUGUACAAACCUCGUUUCCAUAUGAGUUGGGAAAUUGUGUUAGAUGUAAAUAUAAACAGAAUACAAUGAUUUGCAAAUCAUUUUCAACCCAUAUUCAGUUGAAUAUGCUACAAAGACAAGAUAUUUGAUGUUCAAACUGAUAAACUUUUUUUUUUUGCAAAUCAUUAACUUUAGAAUUUGAUGCCAGCAACACGUGACAAAGAAGUUGGGAAAGGUGGCAAUAAAUACUGAUAAAGUUGAAGAAUGCUCAUCAAACACUUAUUUGGAACAUCCCACAAGUGUGCAGGCUAAUUGGGAACAGGUGGGUGCCAUGAUUGGGUAUAAAAACAGCUUCCCAAGAAAUGCUCAGUCUUUCACAAGAAAGGAUGGGGCGAGGUACACCCCUUUGUCCACAACUGCGUGAGCAAAUAGUCAAACAGUUUAAGAACAACGUUUCUCAAAGUGCAAUUGCAAGAAAUUUAGGGAUUUCAACAUCUACGGUCCAUAAUAUCAUCAAAAGGUUCAGAGAAUCUGGAGAAAUCACUCCACGUAAGCGGCAUGGCCGGAAACCAACAUUGAACGACAGUGACCUUCGAUCCCUCAGACAGUACUGUAUCAAAAACCGACAUCAAUCUCUAAAGGAUAUCACCACAUGGGCUCAGGAACACUUCAGAAAACCACUGUCACUAAAUACAGUUUGUCGCUACAUCUGUAAGUGCAAGUUAAAGCUCUACUAUGCAAAGCGAAAGCCAUUUAUUAACAACAUCCAGAAACGCCGCCGGCUUCUCUGGGCCCGAGAUCAUCUAAGAUGGACUGAUGCAAAGUGGAAAAGUGUUCUGUGGUCUGACGAGUUCACAUUUCAAAUUGUUUUUGGAAAUAUUCGACAUAGUGUCAUCCGGACCAAAGGGGAAGCGAACCAUCCAGACUGUUAUCGACGCAAAGUUCAAAAGCCAGCAUCUGUGAUGGUAUGGGGGUGCAUUAGUGCCCAAGACAUGGGUAACUUACACAUCAGUGAAGGCACCAUUAAUGCUGAAAGGUACAUACAGGUUUUGAAACAACAUAUGCUGCCAUCUAAGCGCCGUCUUUUUCAUGGACGCCCCUGCUUAUUUUAGCAAGACAAUGCCAAGCCACAUUCAGCACGUGUUACAACAACGUGGCUUCGUAAAAAAAAGAGUGCGGGUACUUUCCUGUCCCGCCUGCAGUCCAGACCUGUCUCCCAUCGAAAAUGUGUGGUGCAUUAUGAAGCGUAAAAUACGACAGUGUAGACCCCGGACUGUUGAACGACUGAAGCUCUACAUAAAACAAGAAUGGGAAAUAAUUCCACUUUUAAAGCUUCAACAAUUAGUUUCCUCAGUUCCCAAUCGUUUAUUGAGUGUUGUUAAAAGAAAAGGUAAUGUAACACAGUGGUGAACAUGCCCUUUCCCAACUACUUUGGCAGGUGUUGCAGCCAUGAAAUUCUAAGUUAAUUUUUAUUUGCAAAAAAAAAAUUGUUUAUGAGUUUGAACAUCAAAUAUCUUGUCUUUGUAGUGCAUUCAAUUGAAUAUGGGUUGAAAAGGAUUUGCAAAUCAUUGUAUUCCGUUUAUAUUUACAUCUAACACAAUUUCCCAACUCAUAUGGAAACAGGAUUUGUACAAUGUUGACUGUUUGAAGUGCCUUGGUGAUAUAAUACUGUACUUGUGUUAAAGGGCUUUACUCUGUCCGGUUUUACUGUGAAAUGAGCACUAAAAUUAAACAAUGUAUGCUGGUUAGACAUUUUAAGGUACACUUUUUCCAUCCAUCUGUUUAUAUUUUUGUCAUAUUUCUUUCAAGAAACUCAUGUAAACUGGUGAUUGCUUUAGUGGCCUUGUCAAUUGUUUUAUACAAUAAAUGAGACUUUUUACAGCGAACAA